AAGAACUACUUAUACUACUUAUACAACUCAUACUACUCAUACUCCAGCUCCAGCUCCAGCUCCAGCUCCAGCACCACCAGCACCACCAGCACCAGUAGCAGCAACAGUAGCAGCACCAGUAGCAGCAAUAGCAGCGAGUCCAUGUCUCUAGGUCAGAUGGAGCUUUCCCCCAGGUAGAAGGAGAGGUUGCCUCUCCUUGUGUCUGUCUGUGCUAGCAUUUGCGUUCGGUGUGCCUCCCAUCUCGUGCAUCGGAAAAGGAAACGCUUAACAGUUUCUGUUGCCUCGCC